AGCGGUUUCCUUAGCAGCCUUUUGUGCUGGCGGUAGCUCAACGUGGAAGAAUCCGAUCUCUGCGAGCAUGUUUCUCUGGUGGCGAAGGUCCUGAAAAUGGUAUGGUUUGAAAAUGGAAUUUAAAUUGCCAGGCAGAAGGUGAUGGGCAGGUAAUGUUCAUUCACACAUCUGAGAAAUCAUGAAAUUGGUGUCACUUGCAGCCAUUUUCUGGUGUUUCUUAAUAACAUCAUCUGAAGCCAAGAAGACAUUUGAGGACAUCCGCUGCAAGUGUGUGUGCCCGCCAUAUCGGAAUAUAAGUGGACAAAUUUACAAGAAAAAUGUAUUGCAGAAAGAUUGUAAUUGCCUGCAUGUGGUGGAACCUAUGCCAGUACCAGGACAUGAUGUUGAGGCAUAUUGCCUACUGUGUGAGUGCAAGUAUGAAGAACGAAGCACUAGCACCAUCAAGAUCAUCAUCAUCAUUUACCUCUCAGUGAUUGGAGCUCUUUUACUCUACAUGGUCUUUUUAAUGGUAGUUGACCCAUUCAUCCGUAAACCUGAUGCCUAUACCCAGCCCCUGCGCAAUGAAGAAGAGUCAGAGGAUCCCCGCUCCUUGACAGCUGUACGUCCUUCGGCCAGUGCCAGAGCAAAUACGGUGCUGGAGAGAGUGGAAGGAGCCCAGGAAAGGUGGAAGCGUCAGGUGCAGGAGCAGCGGAAGACUGUGUUUGACCGGCACAAGAUGCUAAGCUAGAGCUUUUGUUCUAGGCAUGAGCUGCAGCUGCUGGUUAGCUAGGCAAAGCUCUGUUAGUCAAUACAGACCCCAAGCCUGUAGUUUAAAUAUCUUGCACCUGCUGUUUCUGACUGGUUUUGCUUGUUGUCCUCCUCCCCCAGUCUGCCCAAGAGAAUAAGCUGCAUCUGAAGCCAGCUACUGGCUACACAUCCCAUUGAUGAGGAUUGCCACUUGCUUUAUUUGUUGCUGUCAGGAAAAAAAGUGACUCCAAUAUAGCUAUUUGACUUUAAAAGUUAGAAACAAUUGCAUCUUACUUUGGGUUCUAUAAUCUGCCAAGCAUCAGUCUGGUUUAGUGAUGAAAAAUGUGGCAUGCUUUUAUUUGUUAUCGCUUACAAAUCUGUGGUUUGGCGUUUAGCUAGAACUGGAUGUAUUAUUAAUGAAAUGGGAAUAGCAACAUCCUUUUCAUUCCAUUGACUGUAUGCCAAUAUUUGAUCCUUCACUGUUGCAAAAUACUUACAGAGAAGUGGCUUGGAUCUAUCUACAAAAGAUUGGUUUGAAAAGUUGGCACCAAACACAGAAAUAUAAUAAGGGAAAUUGGUUUAGCAUGAGGGAGCUACUGUACUUGGCUCAUAAAUUCUUACAGAUUCUUCCUUCCAAGGAUUUUUUUCAGGAUAGUUAACUUUGCACCAAAGAAAUAUGGAGAGAUUAUUUAGCACUGCAUAGUUAAUGCUAAGCCAUGGUUAACAUAUCACAAGAAUGACUGGAUGAGCUCUGUGCUUCCCUCUCUCCUAAAGAGACCAAACCAAGAGGUUUGUGGAUGCUCUUUCACAUGCAGAUUUUAAAACAGGCAAGUGGUUACACAGAAUACAGAUUCUUGCAUUUUUUGCUUUGGACACAGCGUAAUUGCUGGCUAGGUUAGAUCUCAGUUUUCACAGUACCUUGAACAUGUGGAGCCAUUGCUGUUUACACAGUUUCAUAUGCAAAUGAAGAAUGCUUUGCACAUGUUAACUAUUUAAAGUCCUUUCCUUCAAGAUUUAUUUAUCUGCACAGGAAAGAAAUUUAGUGGAUUAUUUUGUGCAAAGAAAAUUGUCCUUCUGCAUGUGGCAGUCUAUUUCAAUAUGCAGAACUGGAUUCCACUAUCAAAGGACAUUUAGAGAAGUAUAGUCUUAGAUUUUAAUAUCGUUUCAAAGAGUGCCAGUUCAUAUCUAAGUAUUUUUACACAAAUGAUAUUGAAAUCUGUUGUAGUUAUUUUGUUGUAAAAACUAAUGCAAAAUCUAUAGAGGCAGUACCUUUAUUAGGCUGGGAGAAGUUUUACAGAGUAGAUGUAGACUUUCAAGUGCCUGAUGAAGACUUCUUGGAAACUCAAAAACAUGCAACUUUUAAAAUAAAAUUUAAGUUGGCUUAAUAGAAAAUUUCCUGCAUGAAUUUUGGAUUUUUUUGACUCUGCCAACAUGGCUACAGUUACUUACUUAUUGCAAUUUUACAAUGCAUCUGACAACAGCUUGUCCAGAUGUAUGGGACAUCACAUUGAAAUUUGUUUUUAUGGUACUAUGGCAGCUAGGUCUAUGCCACCUAUUAAGGGAAAGUAGUAUUAACAGUAUGUAACUGUGAAAUGUAAUGUUACAAUGGUCUCUCAGAUGCAAAAGAUACUACCAAGAGAUCUUGAAGGAUGGACAGUAUUUUUUCUGCAUGAGAAAAUAUUUAUGUAUUAAACAAUCUAAUUUAUUUAUCUCUCUUAAAGUAUCUCUGGCAGAUUGGAUCAAUCUUUGUUACU